AUGACAAAGAAAUUAGCAAUUAUAGGUGCAGGACCAGGUGGGUUAGCAACGGCCCGUGUUUUCCUGGAAAACACUUCUGACUACGAUAUCACCAUUUUUGAAAAGAAUGCAGGUGUAGGUGGGUUAUGGUAUUAUCCUGAAAAUGACAGGAAUGGCAGAGUUAUGUAUGACAAUUUGGAAACAAACUUGGAUAAAAGAUUGAUGCAGUUCAGUGGUUUUCCCUUCGAGGAAAAGGUACGUAAAUUCCCAUUGAGACAAGAUGUUUGGAAAUAUUUAGAAGAUUAUUACCAGACUUUUAUUGCCAAGAAUGGUAGAGUACAUUUACAUUUCAAUACUGAAGUUAAAAGUUUGGAAAAGGCCAAUGAUUGGAUCGUUAAGACCAUUGAAGUAAAUGAUAAUAAUAAUAAAGAUAAGGUUGAGAAAGUUUAUGAUUUUGAUUACGUUGUGGUUGCCAAUGGUCAUUUUACUGUUCCAUUUUUCCCCAAGCCAGUACCAGGAUUCAAGGAAUGGUUGGAAAACAAAGCUGUCUUGCAUGCAAGCGAAUUCCAAAAUGGGUUAUUUGCCAAAGGUAAGAAUGUUGUUGUUGUUGGAAAUGGAAGUUCCGGUACUGAUAUUGCCAACCAACUUUCCACAUUGUCGGACAAGGUUUACAAUAGUAUCAACAAGGAAGUUGUCUCUGAGGAGGAUCAUUCACCAGAUGAUUUAUUCAAAACAAUCCCCAGAAUCCAAAGUGUGGAUUGGAGCAAACACAGUGUUACAUUGGUGGAUGGUGAGGUCAUUGAAGGAAUUGAUUAUUUACUAUAUGCGACCGGUUACUAUUACGAUUUCCCAUUUGUCUUGGAGCCUGAAAAGAGAGCUGCAUUACUCGGUAACGAAACCGAACAACAUUCAUUACAUGUUGGCAGUCUAUGGAAACAAUUAAUCUAUGCUAAAGAUUCCUCUUUGGCAUUUUCGUUGAUUCCAUUGGGUAUUGUCCCAUUCCCGCUAGCCGAAUUGCAAGCCUCAGUGAUUGCCAAAGUAUUUAACGGGAAAAUCAAGGUGAAUCCCGAUUCCAAGAAUGAAACCAAUAAGAAAUACGACACCGGGGAAGAUAUUGCUUAUUACAGGGACUUACAAUCCAUCCUGGACAAGAAUGGUGGUGCUGAGGACCCAUUGCAACCGGUGAAAUGGGACGCUGCCCUGGAAAAGCUCAGAUACGACAGUGCCAACGAUAAAGUGGAGAGAAACAAAAUCCUAUUCCACUAUGCCGCCCAACUCAGGAGACAACACGAACCAUAUGGGAUCCCAGACGUGACUUACACUGCCUCCAAGUUAUAG